UUAAGUUGGAUGCUCGUACUUUUACCUUGGCUAUUGAGGCCAAAGGGAUGUCAGAGUUCAUUGAGGGCCCUGUUACUCAAUCUGUUGAGGCAGUUGAACUCAAGAAGUUUAAAUCUCGGAAAUCGUUAGUCAUGACCUGGUUGUUUAACUCUAUGAGAGCUGAUGUUCGCCAUACUUUCCUGCUGCUUGAUACUCCAAAUCAGAUUUGGACUACUGCAGUCCAGACCUAUUUUCAGCAAGGUAAUGAUGCACAAUGUUUUGAGUUGAGGAAGAGGCUCCGUACAUUGGAGCAAAAUCAUCGUUUUGUUGCUGUGUAUUUUGCUGACUUGAGUGAAGCUUGGGGGGAGUUUGAUUACUAUCAGGGUUUUCAGACUGUUUGUGCUGUGGAUGCUGCUAAUUGGCUAAAAAGAAUGGAGAAAGAGCGCGUUUAUGACUUCCUUGCUGGUCUUGAUUUGGAGCUUGAUCCGAUUAGAGUGCAGGUGUUGGGUCGUGUUCCGUUUCCAUCCUUGGGAGAGGCCUAUUCUAUUGUUCAGCAGGAGAAGAGUAGGAGGGGUGCUAUGUUGCACCCUCCUAUUUCUAAUCGUUCUGUCCUGAUCGCUACUCCUCAGGGUCAUUUUGGUUCUGAUAGCGGGCCUAUUCUCCAGGGUAACAAGUCCCAGUCUGGUACUAGCAGCGGGCCUCCUGAUCGUGCGUCACUCCAGUGUGAUUAUUGCCACAACAUUGGUCAUACUAAAGAUUUUUGUUGGAAGCUACAUGGCAAGCCCUCUCGUGGGCGAGGGGGUGGACGCAAUGGCCAUGGUCGUGGUCUGGUGCGUUCUCGGGCCCAGGCCCAUGUUUCAGAGUCUACAGUUAGCACCUUGCCUGAUUCUGGGUUCAGUUCUGGGAUUCAGGCGUCAUCUGAUCAUGUUGGUGGUUUCUCUCAGGGGGAGAUACAAACUCUCAGGCGCCUUAUGGCUCGGGCUGAUUCUCCAUCUACCAUAGCUUCCUCUUCCACAGUAGCUCCUACUUCAUCCUAUUUUGCUCACGCAGGAACUGGAUACAGGAAAGGUGAUUGGCAGUGGUAAAUCACAUGGUGGCCUUUACUUUUUGGAGUCUGCACCUCGUCCACCCAUAUCAUGUGGUCUUGCUCUGCAAGCAGAUACUGGUGCACCUCUUAAUAUGUUACAUCAGUGGCACCGUAGAUUGGGUCAUCCCUCCUUUGGAAUUUUAGAGAAACUUUUUCCUAAUUUAAUAAGGCAUUGUCCUAGGAGUCAAUUUUUUUUGUGAAGCAUGUGAGUUUGGAAAACAUAAACAUUCUUCUUAUGCACCUAUUAAUAAACGGAAUGCGUCUCCUUUUACAAUUAUCCAUUCUGAUGUUUGGGGUCCUUCCCCUGUUACAUCUCUUAAAGGUUUUCGGUGGUUUGUCACUUUUAUUGACUGUUAUUCUCGUGUUACUUGGGUGUAUUCACUUAAGUCAAAAAGUGACGUCUUUUUUUGUUUUAAAUCUUUUUAUACUAUGGUACGCACUCAAAAUAUGAUACGAAUAUUAAAAUUCUCAGUAGUGACAAUGGAACCGAGUAUAUAGAUAGGAAUUUUAGGGCAUUCCUAGAAGAAAAUGGCAUUUUUUGUCAGACAACUUGUGUUGACACUCGACAACAAAAUGGAGUUGCUGAACGCAAGAAUCAUCAUCUUGCUGAGGUAGCUCGCUCUCUUUUAUUCACCAUGAAUGUUCCCAAAAUUUUUUGGGAAGAGGCAAUUUUAACUGCUGCUUAUCUUAUCAACCGUAUGCCAUCUAGUGUUCUCCAGUUCAAAACACCUAUUGAGUGUCUUCCUCACAGUUCUCGUCUCACCACUCUCCCACCAAGGGUGUUUGGUUGUGUGUGUUUUGUUCAUGCCCCUCAUCCCACUGGGGGCAAGUAGGUCCUAAAGCCCAUAAGUGUGUCUUUAUUGGGUACUCUCCUACCCAGAAUGGCUAUAAAUGUUACGAUCCUUACUCUAGAAAGUUUUAUGUCUCUAUGGAUGUUACUUUUUGGGAAACAGUGUCCUUUUACUUUCCCUCCACU